AUGGACCAGACACAGAGAAUCCCGGACCAGCCCCAUUCCAUCCCUACUUCCCAGCCCAGGAAGAAAAUGACAUCAAUGCUGUCUUUCUUUUCUAAGGUCUCUUGGAAACUGAAGUUCCAGAAGCAGGAGCCUUUGAAGAAUGUAUUUUUCAUGUUGGCAGAAAGAGCCCAGGACCCCAGUGCUAAAAAGCGCCACCUGGCAAUGAGAAGCCUAGGCACCAUGGCCUGUGAAGACCCUGAGCAGGUGAGAAAGUACAAGAAAAUUAUGCUAGACCUGCUGGUACAUGGAUUGUACGACCCUGUGAGUUCUGAAGUCAUCUACGAGAGCGUGAAAACGCUGACCAUCAUCUUGGGCAAAAUCCAGGGGAAAGGUUUAGGCUCCUUCUUCAUAGACAUCACCCUUCAGACCAGAACUUUAUUGGAUGAUGAGAACGACAGCAUGAGAUACUCAGCCUUUGUUUUAUUUGGGCAAUUGGCUGCCUUUGCUGGGAGGAAAUGGAAGAAAUUUUUCAUUGGUCAGGUCAAGCAGACCCGAGAUUCUCUCCUGAUCCAUUUACAGGACAGAAACCCUCAUGUUGCCAAGGCUUGCAAAACAACUUUUCAAGCCUGUUCUCCAUAUCUGAAACUGAGGAAGGAAUACAACUUCCAGAGCGACGAAGAUCAAAGGAACCCCAAACUCUGCCGGCAGCUGAGCCACUAUCAUCCAGAGCUCCUGCAGUUCUUCUACGCAAAUAAAAUUCUGUAA